AUCAAAUCAGAACAACUGAAAACAAGAAGAUCGAGCUGGAAUUGGAGAUCCCUGACAAGAUGGAACUCCUCAACAUCAAGGCCGAGACUUACCUUGUCAAAGCUAGGGGAAAGAAGAUGACUAAGAUUUCUCCUUCCUCCAUGAGAGAUGUCAGGAUUGAGCGCAAGUCCUGCAUUGCUGCUUUGGAACCAGUAUUUGGCCUCAAGGUGUGCUAUGACAUGAACUUCCCUGAUGUGUUCCGUGCUAAUGCCCUGCCACUUGGUGAACCAGCCAUCGCCAAGCUGUACGUUGAGAAGGCAGAUCCUUCCAUGAGAGGUUACUUAGUGACUGCUGCCAUCAAGAACAAGAGAGGUAACAAGCUCAUUAAGAUGAAUGUAGAAGCAGCUGGUGCCUCAACACCAAGAAGAGCAGAAAUGACCCUGUCCUACACCAAGGAAGAAGGAAGCCACAUUGUUUCUGCCAAGCUUGAUUCCUCCAGCAUUGCUGCAGGAGUGUGGACUACUCUCACCAACGAGCAAGGACACAAGGCAGUAGAGACUUAUGUCAACUUCAAAUAUGGUCAGACUGCUAUUUCUCGAGGCAUCAAGCUGGAAGCGAUUGCAAGGGAAGGAAGCGUGGGAGAGGAAUUCCAAGUGAACGUUUUCAGCAGCGGCACCAGGAGCUUCCCCUCUAAAUCUCAAAUUGUAGGCUAA